GCGGCCAAUCGCAACAUACCCUUUGAUCAUCAUUCGCGACGAUGUUGAGGGCAUCAUCGUCGACUCAGGUUGCGCGGCCCUUGCAGGUCAAGCUCAAACUGCGACGGUCGUUUGCGACAGUGCAGGACCCCCCAAUCCGGCAUUAUGGCGGACUGAAGGACCAAGAUCGCAUAUUCACAAAUGCAUACAGCAGACAUGACCAUGGGCUUCAGGGUGCCCAGUCCCGUGGUGACUGGCAUAGAACAAAAGAUAUCAUUCUCAAGGGCGAUUCGUGGAUCAUUGACACCAUCAAGCACUCUGGUCUUAGGGGUCGUGGAGGUGCGGGUUUCCCAAGUGGGUUGAAGUGGAGUUUUAUGAACAAGCCGGGAUGGGAGAAGGACCCGAGACCGCGCUAUCUCGUCGUUAACGCGGACGAAGGAGAGCCGGGAACUUGCAAGGACCGUGAGAUUCUGCGAGGUGACCCUCACAAGUUGGUUGAGGGAUGUCUCGUAGCGGGCCGCGCCAUGAACGCGACGUCCGCAUACAUCUAUAUCCGUGGAGAGUUCUUCCAGGAAGCGUCACACGUUCAGCAAGCAAUCUCGGAAGCAUACGCUGCGGGGCUUCUCGGCAAGGAUGCGUGCGGCAGUGGAUACUCAUUUGAUGUCUACCUCCACCGUGGCGCGGGCGCGUACAUUUGCGGAGAGGAGACGGCGUUGAUCGAGAGUCUCGAGGGAAAGCAGGGAAAGCCUCGCCUCAAGCCGCCGUUCCCUGCUGAUGUUGGACUCUUCGGUUGCCCGACUACCGUGGCAAAUGUCGAGACAGUUGCUGUCGCGCCGACCAUCUGUAGGCGUGGGGCGGCCUGGUUCGCGUCGUUUGGACGGGAGCGCAACCAGGGCACGAAAUUGUUCUGCAUCAGCGGGCACGUGAACAACCCUUGUGUGGUGGAGGAGGAGAUGAGCAUUCCACUGAAGGAGCUCGUUGAGAAGCAUUGCGGAGGGGUGCGCGGUGGGUGGGACAACUUGUUGGGCAUCAUUCCUGGCGGUAGCUCCGUGCCUGUGCUGCCCAUCAAGAAGUGCGAGGAAGUUUUGAUGGAUUAUGACUCCUUAAAGGAUGCCCAGUCCGGUCUUGGUACGGGCGCCGUCAUCGUCAUGGACAAGAGCACCGAUAUUGUCAAGGCCAUUGCACGUUUCUCUCACUUCUACAAGCAUGAAUCGUGCGGACAGUGCACACCUUGCAGAGAGGGCACCACCUGGAUGAUGAACAUGAUGGAUCGAUUUGUCGAGGGGCGCGGUCACCAGCGCGAGAUUGACAUGCUUCUCGAGCUCACCAAACAAGUCGAAGGCCGCACGAUUUGUGCCCUUGGUGAUGCCGCGGCCUGGCCGAUCCAGGGCCUCAUGCGUCACUUCCGCCCGGAGGUUGAGAAGCGCAUUGCUGCAUUCCGUGGAGAGCAUGGGCCGGUUCUGUUCGGCGGUAGGCUCAAAAGCCAAACCGACCCGUCGCUCGCGCUUCCGGAUAACCUGGGCGCCAACUUGCCAGAGUUGCCUGAGGUGGCCGCGCCAGGAUCGUGAGUGUCUGCUCCGAGAUUGUGAGGAACGUGGUGGGAUGGAGUAAGGUUUGAUAGGUGCUGACUGGCACGUGUGUCCUGGAUGCUGUAAAUGUGGCGGAGGAUGCAUACUUUUUCAACCAUUUUUUUAAUCAAACGUGAACAUUCAUUCAUGUGCGCAUCUAAUCCUGUUGUGCUGAUGUACGCGUUGGUUUGCAUGCUGCCGCAAGAUCCUGCUGAGUCACCCUACAGGCGGCGGCGUUGACCCAGUCCAGGGAGCUGUACUGGAC